UUGCGGGCCAGGAACUUGGUUACUAGAGAUGUCAACAAAUUAUCCUCAAAGUUCAUUCACGGGCAUUGACAUAUCUCCCAUAUAUCCUGGUGAUAUCAAACCGCGGAAUUUAACAUUCUACACGGAAAAUGUAUUAGAAGGUUUACCAUUCGCAGAUAAUACCUUUGAUUUUGUAUAUAUAAGAUUCAUGAUAACUGCUUUCACGGUGGACGAUUGGCAAAAUAAAGUCGUAAAAGAAUUAAUUCGAGUGUGUAAACCUGGUGGAUGGGUGGAAUUUAUGGAUGGCGAUUUGUGUUUCAAUUCUGAAGGUCCAGCUGGAAAAACACUGAUGGAUGCAUUCCGAUCAAUACUUGUAUCUAAGCAAAUUAAUCCCAACAUAACCAAAUGCCUUUAUCCUCUCCUAUCUUCCAUGCCAACUAUAACAUCUUUAUCAUCCGAAAUAAAACCUGGUCCUAUUGGUAGUUGGGCGGGAAGAAUAGGCGAAUUAGCGAGUCAAGAUUUUUCACAAAUCUUACAUGCUAUGAAACCUAUGUUGAGUAAAGUAAUUGAAUGUACUGAAGAAGAGUAUAAUGAGUUGGUUGAAGAAUUUGAAAGAGAGUGCAAUUCGAAUAAGACCAAUUUUGUACAUUUUAGGUUCUUUGCAAAGAAAAAAUGA